AUGGAUGGUGGACUUCAAAGUGUGGAUGGACCAUCAAUUCCCUCUGACUCUGAGCAAUCUCUCACUGUGAGGGAUGGUGCCGGAAUUCUGGGGGAGGAGAAACUUUCCUGUUCUGAAUGUGGGGAAAGCUUUAGCUCUGAAUCAAAUCUUGCUGAACAUCAGAGAUCUCACACGGGUGGGAAGCUUCAUUCCUGUUCUGAGUGCGGGAAAUGCUUUACAUGGAAAUCAAGACUUGUUCUACAUCAGAGAUCUCACACAGGGGAGAAGCCUUAUUUCUGCAAUGAGUGCGGGAAAUGUUUUUCAGAGAAGUCCAAUCUUUGCAAACAUCAGAGGAUUUGCAGAGGGGAGAAGUCUUAUUCCUGCUCUGAGUGCGGGAAAUGUUUUUCAGAGAGGUUCAGACUUUACAGACAUCAGAGGAUUCACACGGGGGAUAGCUCUUAUUCCUGCUCUGAGUGCGGGAAACGUUUUUCAGAAAAAUCCAUACUUUACACACACCAGAGGACUCACACAGGAGAAAAGACGUUUUUCUGUUCCGAGUGUGGGAAAUAUUUUUCACAGAAAGCCCAUCUUUUCGUACAUCAGAGGUCUCACGAGGGGAAGAAACUGUAUUCCUGUCCUGAGUGCGGUAAAAGUUUUUCUGUGAAGUCCAAUCUUAACAGACACCAGAGGAUUCACACGGGGAGAAGCCGUAUGCUUGUCCUGAGUGUGGGAAAAGUUAUUCACAAUUGUCCCAUCUUUACAGACAUCAGAAGUUUCACAAAGGGAAAAAGCUCUAUUCCUGUCCCGAGUGAGGGAAAUGUUUUACAGAGAACACAGACCUUGUUAAACAUCAGAAAUUGCACACUGAUGAGAAGCCUUAUUCCUGUUCUGAGUGCGGAAAUGUUUUUCAGAGACGUUGAGUCUUUUACAGACACCAGAGGAUUCACACAGGGUCAAAGCCGUAUUCCUGUCCUGGGUGCGGAAAAUCUUUUCUACGGGUGUCCCAUCUUCACACACAUCGGAGGUUUCACACAGGUCAAAGCCGUAUUCCUGUCCUGGGUGCGGAAAAUGUUUUCUACGGGUGUCCCAUCUUCACACACAUCGGAGGUGUCACACAGGUCAAAGCCGUAUUCCUGUCCUGGGUGCGGAAAAUGUUUUCUACGGGUGUCCCAUCUUCACACACAUCGGAGGUGUCACACAGGUCAAAGCCGUAUUCCUGUCCUGGGUGCGGGAAAUCUUUUCUACGGGUAUCCCAUCUUCACACACAUCGGAGGUUUCACACAGGUUGAAGCCAUAUUCCUGUCCUGGGUGCGGAAAAUGUUUUCUACGAGUGUCCCAUCUUCACACACACGGAGGUGUCACACAGGUCAAAGCCGUAUUCCUGUCCUGGGUGUGGGAAAUCUUUUCUACGGGUAUCCCAUCUUCACACACAUCGGAGGUUUCACACAGGUUUAA